CGAAGCGGUAGCUGUGAAAAACUAAAAUAGCGUCUACGAUUUCACCCAGUCAGCGUAUAAAAUCCACAGAGUGUCGCCAAUGCACAGCCAAAACCCAAUUGGACAGGUACGAGCGGAGUACACACAAUACACAAUGCAACGGGAUAGACAGAAUAUAAUUUACUCCACUUGUGCCAUUCUAUUGAUGGUAUUGGUGCUGGUUACCCAAUUAAGCGUCACUUCCGCCUCUGGUGUGACAACAACGACCUCGACAGCAGCACCAGCUUCGACGUCCCGCUACGAUAAUCCCCUGGUGGAGCACAAGCAUGAACGGAAUUGUAAGGCGCUCUGUGAGCAUUGCGGCUGCCUGGGAUUCUACUGCGGAGAGGAGUGCAUCUGCGAGUGCAACAACGAAAACUCCGAUACGGAAUGCAUUCACACCAUGCAGGUGAAUGCGCGCACCCUGAACACACCCUUCAAGAUCCUUAUCCAGGGACCCAGCAACAAUCGCUUCGUGCGCAACGCCCAGCAGUUCGAGCAGAAGCGGGAGAUGGUCACCAGAAGUGCUGUUGACCCCAAGAGCACACGUAAUCGUCGCUCCACAAUUAUCAUCUACAAGCCAUCGUCGUCCUCUUCUUCGGGUGGAAAGCGAGCUGCUUUGUCCUUGAACGCUCUGGAGACACCAGAGACAAAGGCAAAGAUAUCGGAGCUUGGACGUCAUAAACGUUCCGUGGAUCAUCUGGAAUGGUUCAAUGAUUUCGCCAGUUCGCUGGUGCGUCCGUCACCCUUGGGCCACCGUCAAAAGCAGCGCGAGGCAAAGGCUGCCGCAUUCAAGCGUCAGGCAGUAGAUCCAAUACCAAGGCCACUUCGGGAACCCUGGUUCCUAGAGCAGCCACGUCUCAAUCGACCGGCUCCAUUGUUCAAGCGUCAUCAGCUCAAUUACGACUCUCAAAGCUCAAGAAAUGCAAAGAAAAGCCGGAGAAUACGACCCGUUUCCAUUGAGGAGGAGGAGUCUGAGACUAAAGCCCGUAAGCCAGGGCCAGAUAUACGUCCGAUCCGUGAUGCGCUUCAGGUAGUGGAGCGUAUUCCUCGCGUGCUUCAGGAUACGAAAAUCAAGCGCAAGGAUAAGAAGCAGUUAAGCCGACGUCGCAUCAAUGCUAAAGAUCGGGAUGAACACGCCGCUCCAGCUGCUAGUGCCGUUACACUUGCUCCUCUUACCCUGCCCGCCGCUCCACUCGCACCUGGUGGUCUGCUCCUGCCCUGGCUGCGUCAGCAACGCUUGAGGCGUUUGCGUGGACACUAAUAUAUGCGAUUGGCUAUUAACUUGGGGUAUCUCAUUUAACACUGUUUUAUAUUUUUAAGUAUGCAUGGGAUGACUGUAUAUAAGUCUAUGUAUUUUGGGCUUUAGAAAAUAAGUGUCUUCCUUUGGCAAUUUUGUAAUUUCCCUUAAAUGUAUUAAAAAUUUAAACUAUCCAAUCGAA